GACAGAGAUCCUGUCUGUUCAAUGUAAAAAGAAAAAAAGAAAGAAAGAAAGAAAGAAAAAAAAAAAGACAGAAAGAAAGAAAAGAAAAAGGAAAAAAGAAAGAAAGAAAGAAAAGAGAGAGAAAGAAAAGAAAAAGAAAACAAAGAAAAGAAAAGAAAGAAAGAAACCAGAUCGAAAAAGAGAGAGAGAAAGAGAGAGAGAGGGAGAGAGGGAGAGAGAGAGGAGAGAGGGAGGGAGAGAGAGAGCGGGGAGAGGAGAGAGAGCGCGAGCGCGAGCGAGCGAGGGAAGAGGAGAAAGAGAGAGAGCGGAGAGCGAGGGGAGAGCGAGGUGUAGAGGAACCGAGGGGGAGAGAACCCGAGUGUGUGUGUGCGUGUGCGUGUGCGAGCGCGAGCGAGCUUGCGAGGGAGAAGAGCGAGAGAGUGCGAGCGAGAAAGAAUAAAAGGAAAGAAGAUUUUCUCUAUGUAUAUAAAGAUGGCCACGUUAGCAAACGGACAGGCUGACAACGCGAGCCUCAGUACCAACGGGCUCGGCGGCAGCCCGGGCAGCGCCGGGCACAUGAACGGAUUAAGCCACAGCCCGGGGAACCCGUCGACCAUUCCCAUGAAGGACCACGAUGCCAUCAAGCUGUUCAUUGGGCAGAUCCCCCGCAACCUGGAUGAGAAGGACCUCAAGCCCCUCUUCGAGGAGUUCGGCAAGAUCUACGAGCUCACGGUUCUGAAGGACAGGUUCACAGGCAUGCACAAAGGCUGCGCCUUCCUCACCUACUGCGAGCGUGAGUCAGCGCUGAAGGCCCAGAGCGCGCUGCACGAGCAGAAGACUCUGCCCGGGAUGAACCGGCCGAUCCAGGUGAAGCCAGCGGACAGCGAGAGCCGAGGAGGUAGUAGCUGCCUGCGCCAGCCCCCUUCACAAGAUAGAAAACUCUUCGUGGGCAUGCUCAAUAAGCAGCAGUCCGAGGACGACGUGCGCCGCCUGUUCGAGGCCUUCGGCAACAUCGAGGAGUGCACCAUCCUGCGCGGGCCCGACGGCAACAGCAAGGGGUGCGCCUUCGUGAAGUACUCCUCCCACGCCGAGGCGCAGGCCGCCAUCAACGCGCUGCACGGCAGCCAGACGAUGCCGGGAGCCUCAUCCAGUCUGGUGGUCAAGUUUGCCGACACCGACAAGGAGCGCACGAUGCGGCGAAUGCAGCAGAUGGCCGGCCAGAUGGGCAUGUUCAACCCCAUGGCCAUCCCAUUCGGGGCCUACGGCGCCUACGCACAGGCACUGAUGCAGCAGCAAGCGGCACUAAUGGCAUCAGUCGCACAGGGCGGCUACCUGAACCCCAUGGCUGCCUUCGCCGCCGCCCAGAUGCAGCAGAUGGCGGCCCUCAAUAUGAAUGGCCUGGCGGCCGCACCCAUGACCCCAACCUCAGGUGGCAGCACCCCUCCGGGCAUCACUGCACCAGCUGUGCCUAGCAUCCCGUCCCCCAUUGGGGUGAACGGCUUCACCGGCCUCCCCCCACAGGCCAACGGGCAACCUGCUGCGGAAGCUGUGUUUGCUAAUGGCAUCCACCCCUACCCAGCGCAGAGCCCCACCGCGGCGGACCCCCUGCAGCAGGCCUACGCUGGAGUGCAGCAGUACGCAGGUCCAGCCGCCUACCCUGCUGCCUAUGGUCAGAUAAGCCAGGCCUUUCCUCAGCCACCUCCAAUGAUCCCCCAGCAACAGAGAGAAGGGCCCGAGGGCUGUAACCUGUUCAUCUACCAUCUGCCCCAGGAGUUUGGGGACGCUGAGCUGAUGCAGAUGUUCCUCCCUUUCGGCCGGCACCCUGUGCCCUCCCGCUGCCAGGCCCCCUCCUGUCAGGGAGGACAGUGUCCAAUAAACUCCUCCACCCGCAGGCUUCGUGAGCUUCGACAACCCGGCCAGCGCGCAGACCGCCAUCCAGGCCAUGAACGGCUUCCAGAUCGGCAUGAAGAGGCUCAAGGUGCAGCUGAAGCGGCCCAAAGACGCCAAUCGCCCCUACUGAGCGCCGGCGGGAGCGUCCCCCGGGGGAGACCAGGACUCGCACAGGGCAGGAUGCUGAACGGGCUACAUUAAAAAACAAACCUCUCUCUAUAUCUAUUUAUAAAUGAGAACUGUUGGAUGACACCUUUGACAUAUCAGCCAAUAUCAAUCAAGCUGAAGACUCCAGACACUCUCUGUGACUGUAACAUUUCUUCAAGGAAAGUAUAGCGUCUGUGGAGUUCAGAGGGCACGUGUUUGGGGGAAUAAUAUCUAUGAUACGAAGAAGAAGAUGAAGAAAAAUGAGAAAAAAAAACACAAAAAAGGCAACUUUCAAACAAAAUAACUGGAGACCAGAUGGGGAGGCUGGAGGGCUGGGAAGUGGGAAGAGACACUGCUUACCGAUCCCCGGGGCUUUUCCAGCCCGUGGGCACCUGCGGCAGGCUGGGGCAAGCGGUGUGGCGGGGCCUGGUCCCCAGGAGGCGGCUGGGAGGCCGCCACUGAGCAUCUCUAUCUGUCAUUCCUUUAGCUAUUUAGGGACCAAAGGACCAAACUUUUUAUUGCAGCUGUGUAGCUCUAUGUCAAAUAGAGGGGGAUGGAGGAGAACCUCCUUCCUGCCUCAUGGCUGUUCUUGAAACAGCUUAGAGCGAUUCUAUGAAAAAAAAAUGUAAUAAAAAAAAAACAAAAAAAAACACAAAAAAACAAAAAAGCAAAAACAAAAAAAAAAGGAAAAAUAAUGCUUCAAUGCUUUUAAAACAGCAAGAUAAUAGUUCUUUGAUACUUUGAGAGGCGCUUUGAUUACCCUCAUUCAAGUCUAUGACACUUUCCUAUGGUUUUCUGUAUUAUAUGUCUGGAUGGAGCUGUUAAGAUGAACGAAUUGGUGGAUAUUUGGGGGAAAGCAACAAAAAUAUUAAAACUCAUUAACCGUGAAGUGUGAGAAAACAAGGAGGGGACAAAAGGGACUUACAAGGCAAGAUAAUUGUUGUGAAAAGUCUGUAAAUGCUUCUAACUUUUCCCCCUCUUAAAAUCAUAAUAGUUGUACAGAAUUUUAAAAAGGAGAAGUUUAAAAUACCUAUAUAAUAGAAGAAAAAUUAGAGGAAAGCAAAAAAUAAAAAAAAAAUAAAAAAGGAAAAAAAAAACCUAUAGAAGUUAGCGUUACUGCUAAAAUCCCAGAUGUUGUAGGACUGUACUUUUGUAGAGUUUAGACUGAGCAUCGAUCCCUUCUCCCCGCGAGUGCUGUCGGACGCCGCCGUGCACCCCGAGGGCCAGGCCGGACUCGCCCAGACCUGCGGGCUCCCGGCCGCCGCCCACCGCCGCUGGGGGCCGCGCCGUCGCUGGAAGGCCCGCCGCCCGCCCUCGCCUGCUUCGCUCGGGAGCUGCGCGCGCUCGCCCGCUCUCCGCAAGCCCUCGACACCUGCCGCUUCACUCGCCUUCCAUGCUUGCUCCAGAGACUUUCCGGGCAAGGGAGACCUGGGAAAUUCAUCUUAAAACAACUAAACAACACACACACACACAAAAACCUUAAACAAGAGAGAGAAAAAUAAACAAUCUUUGAAGAAUUUCUGAAACUGUUUACAAGGAAUUUUGAAAAACAGGGAUGUUUAAAUGAUGCCGGCUCUGUUUUUCUGUAAAUAAAUUUGCAUAUUUUGUAGGACUUUUAAUUGUAAUGAUAGAGAAAAAAAACAAGGAAAACUAUUUAAUGAAAGCACGAUAUUUAUCUUUGGUAAAUGACUUUAGAGCAGUUAAAAAGACAUUGCUUAAAAAAACUCAGAAUCAGAAAAAACACUGAAUUAUUUAAGAACACAUAUAUUUUAAAGUAUAACAUAUUUAUUAUAAUUUAUUUGCACCGUUGGGAAGACUUGCUUUGGCAUUCUGCCUUGAUACCCUCCUCUCAUUGAUGUCCAGGUCAUCUGGAGGCCAGGGGGCUCUCAGACCUACCAUCCCCCUCCCACUUUUUUUUUUCUUUCUUUACAGGGACAACUGUCUGGUUCCUCUUAGGCCUCCUGCCUUUCCUUUCUUUCUAUUUCGUUGGUUAAUUAUUAUUUUUUAAAUUUUCUUUUUCUUUCUCUUGGCUCCUCCUUUUAGGAUGUCCAGAUGUUGUAAAAAAAAAAAAAACAGCCGCAGUUCAGUACAACUGCUCUUUUCACACUCAACUCCCUAAAACUCCUUGUAACCUUCUGUAACUAUUGGAUGACGCUUUCUCCAGCUUAGCCCUAAAUAAAGCACAGUUUAAAAAAAAAAAACCAACACAAGACUUCUUCAGUGGUCUAUGCUUCCCGGAAUCUGGUCAGGUGGCCCAUUGGCAAUAGCUUGGUCCUUCUCUCCAUGGCUUCUGUGUGCUCGGUUGGAAUCUGAACUGUAGGGAGUACUUUCUGGGAGGUGAUGGGGGGCAUCAGAGGAGGUCCUGGUCCACACUGUGAAACAUCUUAAGGUGUGUCUCUGAAAGCCUCCAUUGCAAACCCAUUCUUUUGGCUCCUGGGCCAGG